AGAGAGAGAGUUCCCGGCUUGCUGCGCACAGCACACUUGUACCGCAGAGUGGCAACGGGAACAGAGAGAGCAGAGCGACAGCGGGCCCAGUCGCUGCUGAUCGGUCGGUACUUGACGGCCAUUUUCUCGCUCAUCGCCGAGCUAGAACGAAAGCGGCGAUGCCAAUGCUAGGCCAUUAGUAGCGAUUUGGUUUAGAGACUGUGAUGUUCGUUGCGAUUAGAUGUACACAGCUGGUAAACAAAAACCUAACGCUGCUGAUGUGUCUCGUAUGGUCACACGGUCCGUUCGUUUUUAUGUCGUUAAGUAUGAGUUUGUGUUGAAAAUCUACAAGCGCAGCCCCACCGCAACGAUGUGAAACACGUAACAGUGUCCGGUCUUAUAAAAAAAAGUGCUGUUUAUAUAAAUAACGUAUUUGUAUCCAAUUUUGGAAGAUUAAACACCAUGAAGGCUGAAAGGUAACAAGAAUAAUCAGCACUGCAAUUGGCAGCACUGCCCAAUUCACUACAACACAAUCUUACAAUAAUGCACAGCUGUGAAAGAUGAGAGCAAAUCAAAGGAGCAGGGAUGUUGCGGUCACUGCUUCCACUCGCCCUACUGUUCUAUCUUCAUCCCUCCUCCUGCUCUUGAUAACCUGCUGCUUAGUUAUCCAACAAUCACACGUUGCCUACAGCAUGAAGCCAACAGACUUCAACAUGGCCAACUCUAAUCCUGCCACUGCUGCAAUGGAUGAUAGCACAACGGCACUGUAUCCUCACCACCGUACCCGUCAUUCCGGAUCCUUCUCUCACGGACCAUCACCAUGUCCACAACAAUGCACCUGUCUUUAUGAACACCACUCGUCUUCACUGUCUUUCCUAAGAAUGAACUGCCAUGAACGGGGCUUCACCGGUAUAGACAUCCCAGUAAACCUCACACAGCUCUCAUUUCUUGCAGUCAAUGUUACUACUCUUAACGCAGUCACAUUCAAGAAUACCACAUUACUAAGAAAUAUUACUUGGCAAAACAGUGGUAUUAUGCAGAUAGAUCAUGACACUUUUCAUUCACUUACGAGACUGGAAAUGUUGGAUCUGAGCAAGAACAAACUGGACAAUGUUGCCAGGGAGACUUUCCAUCCAUUAUCAGAAUUAAAACUGCUCAAUCUGUCACAAAAUAUGUUACACGAUCUUCCAGAAAAUAUUUUCGGAGGCCUUCACAAGCUUGAAGAGUUGUCUUUAAGUCAUAAUGAAUUUCAUGUGAUGCCAUUUCAAGUAUUUGCUCCAUUAAAAUGUCUUCGGUUGCUAGACCUAUCAUAUAACACAGUCGCUCUCAUUCCUGAUGACUUUUUUUUGCCAAAUAAGAAUAUAAUAUCCUUAUUCAUGCAAGGAAAUAACCUAGCUUCUCUCUCCUCAAAGUCAUUUGCUGGUCUCAGCAACUUAAGAAUGCUAGAUUUAUCCAAUAACACAUUACACAGCUUGCCAAGAAAUCUCUUUGGUGGACUUAAGAAUCUCCAGUACUUAAAUUUAGGAAAAAAUUUAAUAGAAGAACUUUCCAGCAAUUCAUUUUAUGGCCUGGAUAAUUUGACACAGUUAAAUCUCAGUCACAACCCUCUACAUUGCUUACCAACGAAACUGUUCGGUCCAUGUCCCAAUUUGGCGACACUAAUCAUAGCAUACACUCAGCUGAAAGAGCUGUUAGACACUGACCUCAAUGGGCUGGGAAACCUCAACACACUGAUUGUAAACAACAACGUGUACCUCAGGGAAAUUAAUGACUUUACAUUGGUUCACUGUCCAAACCUACAACACAUUGACUUCAGUGGCAACAACCUGACAAAACUUCCACGGUCCCUGUCUACCCUUGCCAACGUUCGUGAGCUUAACCUUGGCAGUAACCCCUGGACAUGCGACUGUCGCAUGCUCUGGUUUCUUAAGUGGAGUAAGAAUCUUACUUUUGCUGAGAAUGAACUGCUUUGUGCAAGGCCUUCAUACAUUGAUGCCAAACGUAGCAACAUGUUACAUACUUUACGAGGCCUUAAUUGUCAAGCGACACGGCUUGUAAGCUCUACCCCUCCACUUCUCUAUGGGCUUGGUUCUGAUGCAUUACUUGAAUGUUCAUUUGAUGGUAGCCCUUCCCCAUCCAUAACGUGGAUCACCCCAACAAACCUCAUCCUUCAUUGGAAUCCAAAUCCCAGCAUGCCAGAUGAAUUCUCCAAGCAUCCAUAUGCUCAUUACUCGAACGGAACAGUGAUAAGUGCUGAAGACAAUGCCCGGGUGAAAGUUCUAGACAACGGAACACUCUACAUCCACAACAUAUUACGUUCGGACUGUGGAAGAUAUACCUGCUUCGCUACAAACCCUGCAGCAAAUGUAACAGCCUAUGUCGUACUCAGUGUAGACCCCAUAACCAUCUACCACAUCAAAAUUAUCAGCAUUUUGGUUGGAGCAGCUUCUGCAGUUGCAUUCCUGUCUGCCACAUUACUUAUUCAACUCCUGAAAUAUGUGUACCACAGGUUUGGAUGGAUGAACAAAUGUUGCUGCUGCCGGCACGAUCGGGUUAGUCCCCGUGCUAGGCAGAUCUACCAGAUGCUGGAUAACAUUGAGCAAUACAAGACUCAGCAGCUUGAACGUCUACGUGAAAACUACACCUUACAGGUGCACAGAAUCAAGGACAACUGUGCCCAGCAAGUGGAAUGGAUUCAGAGCAGCUAUCAGGGACAAGUCAAACACCUGCGGGACAUCCGUGAUUAUGGUACAAACCACCUCAGUGCUUUGCGAGACCAAUAUUAUGAUCAGGUUAAACGUGUCCGUGAAUAUUCUACAAGCCAGCUCAACUGGGUGCGAGAGAAUUAUGUCUUCCAACGCAACCGCAUCCGAAAAUUCAGCGCCCAUCAAGUCCUCCGUUUCAGAGAAUCUUAUAAGUAUCAGCAACAGACCCUCAAUAAAUUGCUGGAGAAUUUGCCAAGUCUCUACCUCGAGAACUGUCGAUCAGGUUCCUGCGGCCGCACUGAUUCCAUUGUGUUUGACCCAUCAGAUGUCUCAAGCAUGGAUAUGUAUAUUAAAACAAAGAUUAACCACAUUGUAAACAGCCUUGAUGAAACCAACACAUCAGAAGAUACACAGAGCCACUUAUCGCUCUACUACACACCCUCUGAACUCUCAGAAAGUCCACACCUCUCUCCAGGAACAUUCAUCAAUGAACUGGCUACCAAAACUGGUAUUUCUUUUGAUGAAAGAAAAGAAUUAGAGCUAGAAGAGGAUGAUGAAGAAGAAGACCUCGCUGAACCACAAACAUCGCCUUAUUUCUUGACCCAUAAUUGUCGCCACAGACCUAAUAAUAGAAACUCAUGUAGGUUUGUAAAUUAUGCCUACUCCAUGCCAUCUUGUGAAGCUCCUUGUGCAGUGUUUAAAAGUGCAACAAGAGUGAAUGGUAUACACGAAACAAAAGCAGAGGAAACUGGUUCAGCAGAAGAAGUAUCCAUCCUUCUACCAGUUACUGAUCUUCGUGAUUGUAAUUUUAGUGCAAGUUUACCAGAACUAAGUUUAGCUCGAAAUGAAAACCACAUCGUAACCAUUGAAGACCCUCGAUCUAGUGGCAGUGUAACAAAGAAAACUCCAUAUGAAACUACCUUAUAGUGCAAAUUAGUGAGCUGAAAGUGAGACACUAAUGUGUAAUUAAUUUAUUCACACUAACUGUGAUAUCAAAGUGGUUUAUUUUGCCUCAAAUACAGAAAUGUGCUCAGAAGGAAGAUUUCAGAGGUGGAAGCUGAAAGUGUGACUGAUUUCUGCAGACUCUUGUGGAUAAAUAAAACAUAUCUUGGUAUGUAUA